AUGGAUGAGGUCGAGCAGGAGAAGCAUGAGGCGGAGCCGUCCUACCCGCCCGUCCAACCGGCGUCCGGCACCAUCGUCAUGGACAUUUCCGCCGACAAAGAUGCAGUGACUCUCGGCCCUAAGCUGUACGAGACCGUGAGGGGCAAGCUGUCGCUGGGCGCGAGAAUCCUCCAGGCCGGCCGCGUGGAGAACGUCUUCCGGCGGUGGUUCUCCGUGGAGAAGAAAGAAAAGCUCCUCAACGCCUCGCAGUGCUACUGCUACCUGUCCACCACCGCCGGCCCGAUCGCCGGCAUGCUCUUCGUAUCGUCGGAGAGGGUGGCCUUCCGCAGCGACCGGUCGCUGGCGCUGACGUCGCCCAAGGGCGACACGGUGCGGGUGCUGUACAAGGCGGACGUCCGGCUGAGGAGGGUGAAUGCGGCCAUACCGAGCAAGAACCAGCACCGGCCGGAGCAGAAGUACAUCCAGUUGGUGACCGACGACGGCUUCGAGUUCUGGUUCAUGGGCUUCGUCAGCUACCAGGCAUCCCUGCAGCACCUCGAGCAGGCCGUCAGCGCGGCGGGGAGUGGGAUGAAGGUGUAGUCGUCGCGGGGCACGGGCACCGGGAGCGGGAGGCACUUGCGGCGUACCACAGCGUGAAAGCGACGCGAGCGCACGGCGAUGCCGAUCACUGUCUGACUACACGAGCAGCAUGCGCGAUUGGGAGACCUCGUCGGGCUCGGCGACUAGGCGCUGCGGAACAUCGCCGCCGGGAGCUCAGCAUGGUGUGAGGACCGGCGCUCGCCCGAGCCGACGCCGCACGAGGCCGAGGUUGUCGAGCUGGUGGCCUACGCGACCUCCCUAUACGUGAGGAUGGAGGGGAACGACGAACCGCGCGAGCAUUACCGUGAGGACGCCCCGAGCAGGGGCACGAACCUUGCAGCGGGGGCCCUCUAAUGGCGUAUCAAUGGGCGUCAUGGAUUGCUAGGUGCUGGAAGCCUGCAACCGAUGUCGAUGGGCCUUGGAGUGCACCAC